GUAAAAAAGUAAACAAAACAUGGAAACAUGCAUGACCUAACCGUACUUUUUUGAUUUCCAAAGUAAAGUACAGUACAAAAAUAAUUAUUUCAUUAUUAUUUAAUCCUAUUUCAAAAUUUAAAAAUAAUUUAAUGUCUUGGUCACGAAGUUUUCGAAAUUUUAUAAGACGGCACACGGCUCCAAAAACGGAACAAGAAGCUAUAUACUGGACAGAUAAACUUUCUUCAAUUUAUGUGUUUUGCGCUUGGAACGCUAUGGGUUUCGCUGUAGCUGGUUGUCUCUAUAAAUACAAGAUGGCUAGAGUAGACGAGCAAAAGCCUAGUCGAGAACAAGUGGCAUUAGAACGAACUCUGACAUGGGGUAAUUUUACAGCAAGAAUAGUGCAUCCACCAGUACAAGAAGAAAAAAUUGAAGCAAUAGAAACUGAAUCCUAAGUUUUAUUAUUUAUAAAUGAAGUUGAUACAAAUAAAUUAGACAUGCAGUAGAUUAGCGAAAACCUAAAAAAUAAACAAUUAUAUAACAUUUUAGUUUCUUCAAACACAAAUAUGUAAAUAUAAAAAAAUAUGUAUAUUGUAGUGACAAUAUAGAUGCAAUAUUUAUGGUAGGAACUUUUUUUCUCCUCUCAGAUCACAGCCUAGGAUUAGUUUGAUUAACCCUGAAUUUUUCCAUUCCGACCAUCAAUGCAGCUCUGUGAUUGAAAAUAUAAUAAUUUUUUUAACAUAAACAUUAAUAUUAAUUUACUUACCGAUAAGUUUCAUAUUUCAUAACAAUAUUUUGCAGCUCUUGCUUAUAAAGCCUUGUUAGCAUCGCAUUAUAACAUUCCAAUUCUGAUAGUCUAAACAUAUCCCAUCUGAGUUUAUGGUCUAUUUCUGUUCCAGCUAAAAAAAUUCAAUUAUAAUAAAAACAAUUAAUUUUAAAUUCUUAAUUUCCUACUUUUGAAAUACACAUUCAACCAAUGUGGGAUUUCUUCCAUCAGAUAUGGAUUAGCUGGUACCAAAACACUGUGAGGUUGAUAAUGAGUCGGUCUCACUGGUAAGUACCUUUGAUAGGUUUGAGGUGAGAUAUUGCUAUAAUUGAAACAGGGUACCAAACAGGGGUGUUCAUAUUGCGCUUGUCUUGUUAUAUGGCUAAAAUGUUAGUGUCAAAUCAAUUGUUCACGAUAAAGUUGAUCUUAAUUACUUUACAUAAUAAACUCCAUAAAUUGGGCUUUGUAUGCAUUGCCAACCUGUUGGAAGGCCUUCACGUUCCAAGGGAUGAGACCAAUGGGUUGUUUUGGUGUUAUGGUCAAUGUAAUAUUUUCGACCUCUCAGUGUGUAGUCUACUGACCAUCCUGGAGGUAAUGGCAACUCUUCUGAUGGUUCUAUAAAGAUUUUGGUAUAAUAAGAAAAUGUUGUCUUGAACUAUUACCUUGAGUAUUUUCAUUUCUACCCACGCUUUGUCUUAAAUUAUGAGCCAAUGAUUCACCAUAAGACAUUCCUUGGUAUUGAUUCCUAUUGAAACGGUCUAUUUGUGUAUUACUGUAUAUUGGGGUGGUUUGAUCUUGAUUUGUUCUAUUUAUUUGUAAUUAGUUGAUAUAGAUAUUUAUUUAUUUUAUACGCCUUACCUCAACACACUACUGUCUCGAGUAUUUUGGUAAAUAGGAGAAUUUGUCCUAUUGUAAGUGUCUUUGUAUAAGAUAUUUGGUUCGAGAGGAUAGAUUUGAUCAAUUUCUACAUAAUUAGCAUUGUUCUGAAAAAAAUAUAGAUGUUAUAAAGAUGUGAUAUUCUGAACGAUAAUCCCAAAAUUAAAACAUUGGAUUGAGUUAUUGUAGGUUUAUACCUAUAUUAGAGUUGUAGUUAGAAAAUAAUACUUACUGAAGAGUUAUCAUUAUAACUAUUGCCUACCAACUGGUUGGCAUAAAUAUGGUUCAUCGAAUUCACAUUAUUUGAAUUAUUAGGACCACUGAAAUUACUUCCGUACAAAUGACUCUCCGGCCCUAAUCCGACUGAUAAAUUAGCAAAGCUAAAAACAAAACAUUAAUAAAAACUUUAAACUUAAAAAUAUACACAUACCGUGUUGCAAGAUCAGGCACAGAAGCACUGGGAGUGUAUUUACCUUCGUGUGCACCCAAUCCCACAUCACUAAUUGUGGCUUUUUGAUUGCCAAAUUUUUGAACGGUCUGUAAUGUAGCGUUGUGAGGUGCUGUAUGAGGAAUGGUACUUUGUGGAGGCAAAGACGAUCUGCUCUGGUUUGAACUACGUCUC